GGGCUGGGGACAAGUGUCCCUAACACUGUUCCCAUCCCUACUGAGUAUUAGGAUGAGGGUGGGUGGUAGUGAGAGUGAAUUGGGUAACUGGGCUGGAAGUGAAACUGUGUGCGCGGGGCACUCGUGUGUGUUCGUGUAUGUGUAUGUGUAUGUGUGUGCCUGUGCGCGCUUGUGUUGGGCAGGUCCCGCUGUCAGUGGCCGCCUGGCGCCCCAGGCGCUCCAGCCUCCCGUCGCCGGCCGGCGCACUGAGCCAGCAGCCCCGGCCUUUAGGAUUUCUGGAAUGAGUGUGAGGAUUUCUGCGGUACAGCGAAACUUUGUUAGGACAGGUCUUUAAGAAAACAGCCCUCUUCCCUUUUUCACAGCGACCACCCGCGACAGUUCUGAGCCCCGCCCUCGGACCCUUCUCCACAUGCUUUUUGGUGGUGGGGGGAUGUGGCUUCCCAAGGCCAGGCACUCGCAGUUGGCCGGAGCGCGAGGGGUUCCUGGAGGGUGGCUGCUGCGGCGAGACGCCGAGCGUGUUUUCCAUCCAUUCCCACCUGCCCUGCUAGCUGAGACGUGAGAUUCGAGGGGUGCCAGAAUAGAACUGUGGGUUCUAUUCCGCGAAGGUGUGUUCACUUCAUCCACCGCCACUUUUCUUCCUCCCCACGCAGCGCGUGUCAGGUAGGAGUAAGUGCUUAUAGCGUUUCAUCUCGCGCGCAAAAUCCAAACAAAACUUUCACACUUCUUCAGCGAGUUCUGAGGACGCACCCGUCCUUAGCGGAGAGGACCAGAACAUGAGGGGACAUGUGUGUCCCGUCGUCAGCUGGGUCUAUGUCGCCUGAAGGGGCGUGAAGAGUGCCCACUGGAUGUUUUGGGGGAAGAGGAGCGGGGUGGGUCUGGCCCGGGCUCACUUUGAGAAGCAGCCGCCUUCCAAUCUGCGGAAAUCCAACUUCUUCCACUUCGUCCUGGCCCUCUACGACAGACAGGGCCAGCCCGUGGAGAUCGAGAGGACAGCGUUUGUGGGGUUCGUGGAGAAGGAAAAAGAAGCCAACAGCGAAAAGACCAAUAACGGAAUUCACUACCGGCUUCAGCUUCUCUACAGCAAUGGGAUAAGGACGGAGCAGGAUUUCUACGUGCGCCUCAUUGACUCCAUGACGAAACAAGCCAUAGUGUAUGAAGGCCAAGACAAGAACCCAGAAAUGUGUCGAGUCUUGCUCACACAUGAGAUCAUGUGCAGCCGCUGUUGUGACAAGAAAAGCUGUGGCAACCGAAAUGAGACUCCCUCAGAUCCAGUGAUAAUUGACAGGUUCUUCUUGAAAUUCUUCCUCAAAUGUAACCAAAAUUGCCUAAAGAAUGCAGGAAACCCACGUGACAUGCGGAGAUUCCAGGUCGUGGUGUCUACGACAGUCAAUGUGGAUGGCCAUGUCCUGGCAGUCUCUGAUAACAUGUUUGUCCAUAAUAAUUCCAAACAUGGGCGGAGGGCUCGGAGGCUUGACCCCUCGGAAGGUACGCCCUCUUAUCUGGAACAUGCAGCUACUCCCUGUAUCAAAGCCAUCAGCCCGAGUGAAGGAUGGACGACGGGAGGUGCGACUGUGAUCAUCAUAGGGGACAAUUUCUUUGAUGGGUUACAGGUCAUAUUCGGUACCAUGCUGGUCUGGAGUGAGUUGAUCACUCCUCAUGCCAUCCGUGUGCAGACCCCUCCUCGGCACAUCCCUGGUGUUGUGGAAGUCACACUGUCCUACAAAUCUAAGCAGUUCUGCAAAGGAACACCAGGCAGAUUCAUUUACACAGCACUCAACGAACCCACCAUCGAUUAUGGUUUCCAGAGGUUACAGAAGGUCAUUCCUCGGCACCCUGGUGACCCUGAGCGUUUGCCAAAGGAAGUAAUACUCAAAAGGGCUGCGGAUCUGGUAGAAGCUCUGUAUGGGAUGCCACACAACAACCAGGAAAUCAUUCUGAAGAGAGCAGCCGACAUUGCCGAGGCUCUGUACAGUGUUCCCCGCAACCACAACCAACUCCCGGCCCUUGCUAACACCUCGGUCCACGCAGGGAUGAUGGGCGUGAAUUCGUUCAGUGGACAACUGGCUGUGAAUGUCUCCGAGGCAUCACAAGCCACCAACCAGGGUUUCACCCGCAACUCAAGCAGUGUGUCACCACACGGGUACGUGCCGAGCACCACUCCCCAGCAGACCAACUAUAACUCCGUCACCACGAGCAUGAACGGAUACGGCUCUGCCGCCAUGUCCAAUUUGGGCGGCUCCCCCACCUUCCUCAACGGCUCAGCUGCCAACUCGCCCUAUGCCAUAGUGCCAUCCAGCCCCACCAUGGCCUCCUCCACAAGUCUCCCCUCCAACUGCAGCAGCUCCUCGGGCAUCUUCUCCUUUUCACCAGCCAACAUGGUCUCAGCCGUGAAACAGAAGAGUGCUUUCGCACCAGUCGUCAGACCCCAGACCUCCCCGCCUCCCACCUGCACCAGCACCAACGGGAACAGCCUGCAAGAUCAGUCUUUUGUGGACUCUAGCAAGUUCUCCAGUGCAGGGUCUCUCCCGGGACUGGCCUUCUCCUGAAGUAGGUCACUCAACCUUCCCUUCCUGUUGCCUGUGUCAGAGUGAACAUGUGUGGGGCUGAUAACAGGGAGGGGAUGAGCCAUAACUUGAUCAGAGCCCUGAAGUUAGAGCAUCAUAGACCAAAGGUCAAAGACUUCCUACUGGGAUUAAGAAACCCCAGAAUACCACUAGAGUAUUCUGGUUCAUACUAAAAUUGUUCAAUCACUUUCCCACCAUUGCAUAUGGAAAAUAAAAUAGUUGCUAAGAGUUGAGAUGACCUUUUCAUUCAUUAAGAAUAAAAAGUUACCCACCUUUUAAAACUGAGCACACCAUUUCUAACAUUUUUCUUAUGAGCUCAGCACUGUGUUGUGUGUCAUAUUUGAGACCUGCGCAACCCCAUUCAUUGCCCCCAGCAGGACUGUGUGGUAGGUACUCAUAUCUCCUACUUGACAGAUGAGAAAACUAAAGGUUAGAGAGGUCACGAAAUUGCCUGACUUUUAACAGCUGAUACAUGGCAGAAGCUGGCUUCAAACUCAGACUCAAACAUUCAUCUCCUAAAUACUUUAUUACUCAGAGGUGGUAAAAGAGACAUAGUUAGGAUUCCUAAGGCAACUGGUAGGGAGAUAAGAUUAAUAAACUCAUCGACCACCAUUUAUUGAGCACUGAACAGUGUACCUGGAGCCGUCCUAUGCACGGAGCAGAUUUUAUACCAUUUAAUCCUCAUAUCUUCCUAAAGUAUGAGAGCUACUAUGGUCUUCAUUGUGCAGAUGAUAAAAUGGAAGCUUAAAGAGGGUAAAUAUCUGACCACAGACAUAGUCGGUUAAACGGUGGAGAUGAAUGUAAGUCCCAUCAGAGUCUGUGCCCUUAAGCCCAGCCAUACAAAGGUUCCCACAGUGCCUUCCCUUGGUGGCUGGCACCUCACUGAUGGAGGUCAGCCUGGAAGUCAGGGAGGGGUGAGGAAGGCAGUGCACAUAUCUGGGAUGUCUCAGCUCUGUUUCUUAUGUAGAAGUACAUGCAUAUUUACACUUGUCUACACAUACUGUGUGCUGGAUGCUUUACACUGUGGUAAGCAUAUAGUGAUUCUCCUGAAGACCCUAUGAUGUCAGCACUAGUCCCAUUGUACAGAUGGGAAACUUGAGGCUCAAUUUGAUCCAGGUCACAUGGCUAGUAAAUAGUACAGCUAAACUGGAACCCAAGCCAUGUGACCCCACAGCCUGAGCACCCAAUCACAUUGUCUUUCUGCCUCCAGAAGGACUCUUCAAAAUACUCCACAGAACCCUGCUUGCAAAUCUUCCCAGCACAGCCAGACUCAGUGCCCCACAGAGCACGCUGCUCUUCCCCACUCUGACACACAGUGGCAAAUCCAUCUUCUUAGAGGAAAGAGGAAAAAAAAAAAAAAAAAAACGCCUGCCUGUGCAACUACAUUUCAGGCAAUAUUACUCAUGAUAGAAAAUGCCCACCCCCACAAAGUAGAGCCACCCAUUCCUGCAAAUCUGAUUCUCUUUCAGCUAAAAAUAAUGCUUUGUCACCCUCAGUACACCUCCAGCUGGCAAACUAGGGAUAUAAUGCUUGAGCGAACAUAACUUAUAAUAGGUUUAAAUAAUGAUCAUACAUAUGGAAAGCAGAAAUUUACCAUUCUUGAGCUGCCAAUCUCAGCCCUUGCUAAACAUAGAUUUGACAUCAGAACCAGAUAUGAUGGGGUUUAUAAUCAGCAGUUGAGGGGAAGCACUGGAGAAGAAAAGGCCCCCGCUAUUGGAAGGUCAGCGGCUCUAUCACAGGCCAACAGUGACAGAAGGGGGCAGCUCCCAGGAGGCCCGAUGUCUUCUCAUGCCCUGUGGUCCUAGGAGGAAGCAGGAAGUGGAUGGAAACAGGGGCUGGGCUCAGAUCGUAUGACUUCCUGGGUUUCAGGAGAUCUGGUUAUCACCUGAAAGCCAGGAUCUGGAUGAGGGUAUGUGCGUGUUUAAGUAAUGAUGAAAUGGCUUCAGGACAGGGACUCAGACAAAGUUUGUACAUUUGUCCUCCCAGGGAUUUUCUAACCCACUUCUUACCCAAUUACAGAUCCCAAAAGUACAGAGACUGUCCCCAUUUCUCUGAAUAACCGCCUAGUCUGUGCCUCUCGGUCACCUUUCCUAACACAGGGCCACAGCGUGAGAGGUUUGAGGUCUGACUCAGGGACACACCUCUUGCUGGAUUCACUGUCGUGGAUGACACUGCCCUUUCCUUCUGAUUGAACAAAUGUCAAGGGGACUUUUCUGAAUUUUCCCCUAUCCCAUGCCCUGACUAUUGAGCAUGAUGAAACAACAACUAUAAAAAGAAUGGGCUGGGCGUGGUGGCUCACACCUGUAGUCUCAGUACUUUGGGAGGCGGAGGUGGGUGGAUCACCUGAGGUCAGGUGUUUGAGACCAGCCUGGCCAACAUGGUGAAACCUCAUCUCUACUAAAAAUACAAAAAUUAGCCGGGCCUGGUGGUGUGGCCUGUAGUCCCAGCUACUAGAGAGACUGAGGGAGGAGAAUCGCUUGAACCUGGGAGACAGGUUGCAGUGAGCCGAGAUCGCGCCACUGCACUUCAGAGCAAGACUCUGUUUAAAAAAAAAAAAAAAAAAAAGAAAAGAAAAAGAAAAAAAAAUGGUUUUGUUUUGCUCAUACUGUUGUAUACCAAAUAUCCCUACUAUCCCUACUUUUGAGAUGUCAGUGAUAGACAUACAAAUAGUUAAAUUAAUGUAAACAUCUCACUUUAAGCUCUUUUGUCUGCCCACUGUGCCCCCAAGUGCUGGGCUGGUAGGUGGGGCUCACACUCUGGGACUUGCCCCUUUACCCUCUGCACACAAUCUCCAGCAGGGCAAAGAGGACCCAGUCUUAGAUGAGCAGCACCAGUUUUUCAGGGCACUCUUGCUUGCGCCACAGAAGUUUUCGCUGAGAAAGGUGACAAUCAGAAUUGCUUCAUCUUUAACUUUCGAAACUCUAUUUCUACCAGAAAAAAAAAAUGGAUGUAGACAGGUUAUGGAAUCGGUGUAAGGAUCCCUGAAGUGUUUUAUUCCACCUUUUUCCUUUUCAAUGUUACAGUAGCACCUACUUCAUUAGGACCCACCUAGUUCAGAAUUGUGAUCAUUAAGACAGGGCAAGUGACUAGGAAGUCUUGGUUAAGCAAAUUGCCCAUGUAAACACGAUUAGAGGUGUCACAUUUAGGCCAUUUAAGUGUUUUCAAGGCAUAUUUACCUCCAACUACCACUCUGUUAACUGUACAUGGUUCUGUUUUUUAAAGCCGACUCCUAAAGGACCUCUUCCCCAUCAGUGCUCCCUUAGUCUCCUCUGGCUACUCCAUGCAUGUUUAUUCCCCAAGAACUAAGCACUGCAAUGUCACGUGGUAGUGAUAAUGGUGAACCCAGCCACUGACUAGGAGGGUUUAUUCCCAGCCUGGCUCCCAACCACCCUUAAGGUAGCCUGUCUAUUGUCCCUCUUAUACGGAUGUGGAAACUGAGACUGAAGCUAAGUUGGCUUGUCCCCAUUUACACAACUAGCAAACAAGGAAGCCUGGGAUUUAAGCCCAGACAGAUUGACUGGACUAUGUUAAGCCCCCAUGCUAUAUUACGUUUCUAUAUUCAAGCCACUAGGUUAGGCCCAUGAGGGCUACAAAAUCCUGCCCAUAAAAUCUUUCCCUGUAUUAGGGGAGACAUGACACCAAAGUAAAUAAGGAAGAUCUGUCUGGGAAAGGCUGGGCACCCAGCUGUGGAAGUACAGAGGAAGGAAAGAUGAAGGAGAAUUCAGAACAGGUUGCCUCCAUGAGGAGCAAGUGGGAUUCAGGCCCAGGGAGAUGGGGGCAAGGAGCACUUUCAGCAGAAGGACUGAAGACAACCUUAGCCAAGAAGCAGAGGCAGACAUGUCCUGGAUAACAUGUGGUGUGAACAGUAGGAUUCACAGAUUCUCUCAUGAUUCCAGCUGGCUUUCUCUCCCAGGUAGAUAAAACGUUUG